UCGUGGGAGGCAACCUCCGCUCGCUGGGGCUCGAGCAGGAAGGAUGCGCUGCCGGCUUUAGCAGAGACAAGAAAAGUGUCGUUUGCAGUUCUGACGGAAGAUAAAUGACAGCUCAUAUUGCAGCCUGGACAUCUUACAUUUGGAAUUCGUAGGAAGGUGUGGACAGCAGCCAGCCAGCGUGGAGCAGGGCCAGAGAGAAGACAACCAGUGCUACCUAAGACAGAUAGUCCCAGCUGAUCUGUCCCGUCAGAGACCACGAGAACAUCACACAGCAGUGGAGCCUAACAAGAGCCACGCGAUGAGUAUAGGAUGAGAAGAGGGAACGAGAGGGAGAGAGUGGAACGGACCAGGGAAGAGAGACUUACACACCACACGCAUUGGAACUUGGAGGAGUUGGUGUGCAGCUCGCAAGAAGGCAGUCUGUGUGGACGGGCCCGGGGGCUGCACUGCUCCAGUGCUCUCUCUGUCUCUAACGUGUGCUGAGUGCUGCUCCACUCCGCUGUGUGCUCCACUCCGCUGUGUGCUCCACUCCGCUGUGUGCUCCACUACGCUCUGCGCUGCCGCCUGCGUGACUGUGUCUGCCUGCGCUCCGCUGAGGAAGACAGAGAAAAAGAAAGAGAGAAACUACUACUACUACAGAUAUGAGGCUUUCCCCAGCAUUGGCUGUACUGUCCUGCUCCUGAGGAGUCCCAGACGGUAAACUGCCAGAUCAGUGGUCCACGAUGAGAGCGGAGAGAUAAUCGUGCAGAGAGCCGCCCUCCCAUCUCUGUCGUUUGUGCCACUGGAAGCAGCAUAUUGUUCCAGACUCCCAGACUCAUCAUGCUCCUGCUUCCCAGAUAAAGCCUCUGAGGACCAGGCCUGUACAGCACCUCUUGUCUGCACCAUGGCAGGAGAGACUCAGCGCACGUAUGCUGUCAAAAAGCUGGAUGCUGAGUCCAAACUGAAGGAUGAAGGCACUGCACUGGAGCAGUACGGCAGCAGUGAGAAAGCCACAAAAGAGUCUUCAGAGCACUUCUCAGGUGUGGGCGUAGAGGCCCGGACAAUCCGCAGAGGAGCCAAGUUUGUAGACAAGGACAGGGACUAUACUCAGCAGCGCGAGGCUGUGAUCCGACCUCAGCAGGCGGGAAAAAUAGACUUCAAGUCACUACAGAACCGGCCUAAGUUCUCCAGCAACAGGACAUGGCCCAGUGGUAAAGGCAGCCCCCAGUCCCCCAGUGGGAAGUGCCGGAGCAGAGACAAGGGCAAGCGGUUGGGGAAGUCGGAGCGCGGUAACCCACAGCAGCUGUACAGACUCAGCAUCACCAAUCCACGUUCCAACCCUACUAUCGGCAUUGCCUACCCACAGCAGAAGGUCUCGCCACCCAAAAAGAUGGAGGCCAGCCGAAGCCAAGUUACGGGCAGCUACAGGUUCCACGUGCCCAGUAUACCAGAGCGAGAGGCCGAGCUGCAGCAGGAGGAACUCACCUACAGUCGCUGCUUCCAGGAGACCUCUUCCAACCUCACCUCCCCAAGCUAUACCUCACAGCUACUGGGAACCACAGGUGGGACAUCCACCCACCAACUUCCACCCCAGCAGCAGCAACCAGGCCCAAUUGAGAACAAUAAUAACUCACAGCCAAGCAGCCAGCUGCUCUUCCCAGACUUUCAGUUGAGUGGCUCCAAUGACUGGCAGUCUCCAGAGAGGACUUUUAACGGUGCUAACUAUGGCAUUUCCUCACAAAAAUCCACUGUUCUCAAGGAGGCAAACAAGGCGAAUGGUAGCUCUGUGUCUUUUCUGUUUCAGUAUGGAUACAAGUUGUCAGAGGACUCAAACCCAGACCCUUUUGCCUUUGAUCAGAACCCCCAAUCCCAGGAAUAUAUAGACUCCUCCUCUUUGGCUUCUUCCCAGGUGACUCAUAACUCUUUUUCCUUUCAGCCAUCUGGGGAGGGAAAGGAGGGGGUUCAGAAUAACACUCAAUUCAAUAGUGACCAGCCAGAGGACAGAUCUUCCUACCCCCAUCCUCCACAGCUACCGCAGUACCUGCAAGCUCGACAAGGGGCGGCAUCCUCUAUGGACUGCCCCAGGGGCCUGAGUGAGGACUCGGCUAGUAGUGAGAGCUCUGGCUUCAGCUCCCAGCAGUCGGAGAAGGGUAAGAGUGCCCUGCCAGAGAGCAUGGACACAUUCGGCCAUAGGGAUGCUGCCCUCACUUCAGGGAGCAAGAGGAGCUGCCCCUCCAAAGACGUUGCUGCUGACAGCCAGAGAACACUUAUUAAAGGCAGUUUACACCAUGGCAAAAAUAUUGCACAAGGUACAAGCUCCCAAAUGCACUUUCCAAACAAAGCCUACAACAACAGCCCUCCACUCAAUAGUAUCCACAUGGGUUCAAUGCCUUUUGACAAAAUAAUCAACACCAAGGCCCAUAAUAGCUUACCACACUCAUGGGAGGGACUGAAUAAGAACUUUUCACCAGCUGACCAAAACACUAUGCCUUAUCCUAAUAUGAAUGAUAAGUUUCAGUUUCAGAACCAGCCAGAUCAAAGGCCAAACACAUCCAAAAGCGGUAGGAUGCCAUGGCAGCAGAUAGGCCUCACAUCUGCCAUGCCAAACCAAAACAGGAUUGAGUUGUCUAGGCAACUAAGCAACCAAAAGCUCACUUAUUUGGUAGCACCCUCUGACUGGCAGGAUGACACUAAAUCACAUAAGAAUGGUUCACAGAAAAGCCCCAGCUCUUUCCAAAACAAUAGACAUAGUAAAGGAUUCUCAAACCCAAGGCAAGAGAGUGUCAAACAUGGCUGCAGUACAAUACCAAAUUUUAAAGUUGAGACAAGUCACGCAACGGUCUGUGAGUCCAAGAAUAAGCCCAUAUAUUUUGGAAUGAAUCAAUCAGUAGCUGGGGCAUCAUCAAGAACACAUGGAUAUCCACCAUUACAGGUCCCACCAAUGGGGCUUAUAAUGGUGUCACCAUAUGAAUCUCCCUCGCCCUCCCCAGUCCAUAACCCAGCCUCUAGCAGCACAUGUUCUUCACUCUCCCCAGCCUCAACGAGCCCUGUCAACCUCUCUGAGGGCAGCCAGAUAUCAAAGACUGGGCAUCCCCCUCCAUUCUAUCCCCAGCACCAAGUGAAGGCACAAGGACCUACAGAUAACCUCAGCACUAACUCUCAUCAUUUCCACUCAGACACCUCCCGUAACCUGCCUUACACCCCAGAGAGGGCAAAAGAUGACAUGAUGAGCUACCUGCACGACAACGGACAUCCAAAGCCUAGUAUGGAUGGCAACAAGGGCUAUAUGGAGGGCUUUGGGUUGGAGCAUCACCCACCUCCACCACCAUACUCUGCACAUCAACUGUUAGCUACGUCUUUAGCCACGGCAAACCUUGACCAACUGGACGUGCUUCUCACGUGCAAGCAGUGUGAUCAGAACUUUACUAACCUGGCCGCAUUCCUUGGCCAUAAGCAAUACUGUGGACAGCAUGCAUUUGCUCAAAAGGUGGAUGACACCAGAAGAACACCAGGAAGUUCAACACAGUUUCACAAUGACAUGAUAAAAGCUUCAUCCUCUGGGAUCAGUUUAUGUCAAGGUGUCUCCAUGGCAAGGUGUCCAUCUGACCUUCACCUGUCUCUGCUGGGGCUCAAUAAGAACGGAGAACUCAUGUCUGACAGCGAAAUUAAAGGGGAUUCUAAGGACGACCCCAUGAAACUCAACCUGUUCUCUGGGGUAGGUAACCUUCCUGUCUCACUUCCUGACUUGGAGAUAGAGGAUGCAAAGUUAGAUAGCCUAAUCACUGAGGCUCUAAAUGGACUGGGGUAUCAGUCAGACAAUGCAGAGAUUGACAGCAGCUUCAUUGAUGCAUUUGCAGAUGAUGACCUAAGCACUGUCAAAGUAUCGUCGAACAGGCAUACUCUAAAAACCAAAGACUCAAUGGUCUUUGAGAGCAAAAGCAAACAAUCUACUGAAGAUGACAGGUCUCUGACACAAGAAAAAUAUAUUUAUGACUCAGACAUUGAGAGCUUUGAGACAGACAGCAAGCACACAGAAAGCAAACUUGAGAAGACUUCUCUGAAUUUUGAGCAGGAAGAGAAAAUUAACAUAAAAAAAGAAGUGUCUCAUAAAAAUUCAAGGAUCACCUCAGGGGAGAAACCGAGGGAGCAAGAAAAUAAAGUGAAAGAUAUAAGAAAACACUCCAAAAGUGAAGAGGAAAACAAUAACACUCCAAGGUUCCUCUUAUCCAGCAAAUUUUCAGAACGUUGUGGAGUUCGAAAUCUCCAGAAUAGCUCUUUGUUGAGUGGCUCAACCUCUUCCCAAGUCUCCUCUGCAAACAGGAGUUCCCCAACCCCAAGGAUUGCAGCAAGGGAGAGUAAAAGGAAAAGGACCGGUGCCGGUACCUGGAGCAAAGAACUCAUCCACAAAAUAGUUCAACAGAAAAACAAGUUAAACAAGCUCCAUGUAAAAGGCACCAAAAACCUCCAGUUCUCGCUGGUGAUGGAGAGACUUACGCCCACGGUGCCAAACCCAAUGUUUGGGGAGUAUGACUAUGUCUCAGACUCAGAUGACGAGUGUGAGCCUGUGAAGAUAGCAAGCAAAGGUCGCCUGAGCCAAAGUGGCCGCUGCAAGUACACCUACACAAAGGAGUGCAAAUGGCGGGCUAGGAGCGACAGGGACAGUGCAGCAUGGAGGCACGAGUCAAAAGAAUGCUUUCAAGUGAAGAAAACUGAAGAAGUCUCCCUAUCUCCAGAGAAACCUGGCUCUAACCAGAGACUUGGGAGGAGAGGCAGCAGGUCAUCCACAAGCAGUGAAGUCAGCACGUCUGUGAGUUUCUCCAGCGAUAGCAUCAAUAGCCCCAAAAGCACUGACCACACAGACUCAGACUGGGAGAAAAGAGUGGAGAUCAGGAGGAAAGACUCUUCCGAGCAGAGAACCUAUGAGCGAUCUCCACAAAAGAUAUGCAAAGAGACUAGCACACAACUAGCACUGACAUUCACCAAAUCUACUCAGAGGUAUAGCGCUGAUAAAACCCUCCACUCUACUAACAAAGACAAUUCAGUGGCCUCAAGGAUCACUAACUCACAUACUGAAGAUGUUGAUCCAAUAUCAGCACUACCAAAGGUGAGGAGUGCAGUCAAAACCCUUGAGAAAUGCAGAAACACAGAUGUGCCCUCAAGGGAGAAAGAUGAUUCAUUUAAUAGAGAAACUCACACAAUAGCAAGUUCUGACAAAAACACACCACUAAGGACAGCCAACAAGACCUCCAAAGGGGAAUCAAAAUAUUUUCAAUCUACUAGUUCGGAUCUCAAAUCACACCAGCUUCAAUCAUCACAUCCUGCCACAAACAACAAGGAAGGACAUUCUUAUAAUACAUUCAGAAAGAAUGAAACAACCUCAAACGAAAAAUCAGUAGACAAAAGAAUAGAAGAGCAAUCUACACAGCCACAUUCAAAGAUAUCAGACAUUUCUACAUUUGAUGAACACAAUGAGAGUGUCCAUUUCAUUAAAAACCCAUUGACUUUCAACAAUGAGGUAGUCCCCAAGUCCACACCUCUUUUCAGUGCACUGAAAGUGUGCCUGUCUCCAACUGAAUUUCACGAGCCUCUGACGCAGAAAGAGACAUCACAUCUCAUCCCAUACCCCCUAGAGCAAGACCAGAGUCUUAUGAAGUCUCCACUCUCAUUUGACACAUCGUCAAUGUUCGGGGACCUCUCAGAGGCAGGAUAUGACAAUGGCCUCUACACUGACGUUCCAUUACACAAAGAAGGUUUCAACUCCUUAGAUACCACCAAUGACAAAAAGGAAGUGUUUAGCUCAUCAUCCUUACUUUCUCCUUUCUUGGAACAGAGGGACUGGGGCCUAAUGGUUGAUUUCACCAUGUUACCAGAUGAGAUAUCCCAAUACAAAGACAAUUCUGAUAAAUCAAAUGAAAAGAAAUCAGAUUAUAAUCAUGUUCCUUUGUCUCUGCCAGACAAAAUAAUGGACUACAGGGCGAAUCUCAACAGUUAUGUGUCAGAAGAUGAUCUAGAGAUAAAGAGGAUUGUGACAGAGUUGGAAAAUCAGCUCCAGACAGCCAAGCUGAGUAGUCCGCCACUGCUUACUGAGUCUCCAAAGCAGCUGAAGAUGAGAAAAUUCUGCCCUCUGCGACUGAACCACAAAUCUGAGAAUGAAGACACUGGUCUGGAUAUGGGCUGCCCUGUGCAAAGCAUGUCAAGUAUGCCAUCUGACCCACAUUCAGAGGUCUUUGCUGAGCCUGGUCUACCAUGGUCCAGUCCAUUUGAGUUUGAGUUGAUGGAGGGUCAUCAUACUCCAACCCAUGCUGUACCCAGUAUCCUUGAACAGUUUAGAGAGAUGGAUGACUGUGAACACAGUAUGAUAACCACAACCUCAAAUGCAGAGAAAGAGCAACUGCAACAGGACGACCACAAAGAUGAAGGCAUGGGUGUUGACAAGAGAACUGCCAUAGAGAAAUCUGAAGAGAUUUUAGAGAGUAAGACCUAUGCAGAAAACCUGACAAAAAGCCUGGAGGUGAUAUCAGAUUCCAUUUUCAAAAACGAUCCCAUCACACCUGAAGUGGAGGAGCCAAAGCUCACCUCACCUAAGAGCCCAGAACACUUACUCAAUGAAAGUGAAGCUCCAUCUGUUGAUGCUGCUGAGAGUAGAGAUCAUAAUGAAAAGGUUAUUCCUGAUGAGGCGAACGUUGAAUCCACACACUUCGAAUUACAGCCUCCUCUCUCUGAAAACACAGAGCUCCCAUCUGCUGUAAAAGAGAUUGUUUCUCUGCAGCCAAGUGAGUCUAUACCUUACAAUGACAGUGGGUCAGAAUUAAAAGACAUGCCAAUCAGGAACAAAGUCACUGAAGACAGUUGUGUUAUAGAAACUGAUUACUGCUCAAACACUGAAAUGGAUAAUCCAUCAAUAACUAAGAAGACCUGUGAGAACCAGAAGCUAGAGGACUGUGGGGAUGAAAUCAUUGACGCCAAAAGGGCCCUCCUUGAGCAUACAGAGCUUCCACAUACUACCAUUGAUGAGCAUCGAGAGCGUCCACAUACUACCAUUGAUGAGCCUCCAGAGCUUCCACAUACUACCAUUGAUGAGCAUAAAGAGAUUCUAGAUGCUCCCAUUGAUGAGCAUAGAGGGCUUGUGGAUACUUCCAUUGAUGAGCAUAUAGAGCUUCUAGAUACUUCCACUAAUGAGCAUAGAGGGCUUCUAUAUACAUCCAUUGAUGAGCAUACAGAGCUUCUAGACAAUACCAUUGAUGAGCAUCAGGAUCCAAAAGAGCUAGUGGAGGACAUCACUUGUAAUACUAAGUAUGUGAGCCAGCCCUCCAACGGUUCCAACAUAGCAGAGCAGGAAAUGGAUGAUAACUUGGAUAAUAUGCUUGAAGAGGUAGAAAAUGCAUCUGAGGAACAAUCCAUAGAUGUCCAAAGUCACUCUGAUAGUGUAUGUCUUUUGCCAUCUGCAAAUGAACAGACGGAGGACAAUACAGCAUGUGUAACAGAGGAAGACAACAUUGAAUCUGACAGUACAAUACAGGAUGAGGUGAUAAGCUGUACAGUUUAUUUGAGGUGUAGCACCCCUGAGAAUGGCAUUGCCAAUCAAUCAACCCAUGUCUUCUUGGAGACUGUCACAGAUAAGCCUUGCAGUUCACUGUUGACGGAAACCAAUACAGAUCAUGGUAACCACGGAUCAACCUUUUCCAACAUUGAGUCAGAUGAUGAAAGCACCAUGUUGGUCAUUGCUGAGCAUGACAGUGACCUUGACAGUGAUGCACACAUGGAACAUACACUUGAGGAAAAAGCAGAAACAGAAAAGGAACCUGAAUGUGAGGCCAACCACAGACAAAUAGAAGAGAUUCCAGAUGUUGAAGACAUUCAGGAACAAGUUCCUUUACAUCUCAUGGCAUUUUCCCUGCACUCACCAUGCAAAGAGGAUUUGCAGAUGGACGAAAGGCUGGAUAAUAUUCCAGAUGAUGCUCCUCCAUCCAGUCCUGUUCUACCAGCUUCUCCACACACACCUGUGGUGAACCAUGACACACAAGAACAAGAACAAUCACAGCCAAUCACAUGCAAUAAUAUGGAUACUAUCCCAGCCUCAAUCCAUGACACACAAUCUCUUAAGAAGGAAAACUGUGAUGACCUAAAUGCCGAAGAAGCACUGCAUAUUGAUAACCCAUUGACCAUAAUAUCUGAGAUGGAGUACUCUUUAGUAAGUCCUCCUCAACUGUACUUGCGAAUCACAGAGGAUAAAAUCUCUAGCAAUGACGCCUGCAUUCCCUCUCCCCUACCCUUGACCAUUACAACAGAGCCAUCUGAAGCAAUGGAGGCCCUUAUGAAGAGAGUCUCCGUAUCACUGUAUGAUUUCAAACUAAGCCCACUGAACUACAAUUACAUUCCAGAUGAGCCUCCACAACUGAGUCAGUUUGAUUACACUCCUAUCUCCCCAGCCAACGUGGAUGAGGAUGAGCCAGCCAUCAAGCAGAGGCCCAAGGAUGACUGUGAACCUUGUGAUCUAAGUGAUGAUACAGCAUUGAUGUCAGACAAAACAAUGUGUGACAUUGAUCUAAGCGAUGACACGGCAUUGACGUCAGACAAACGAAUGUGUGACAUAUACACAGAGUCAACUAUGAGUCCACACCAUACAGCCAAGCUAAGUCCACCAGAUGAAUCUUUGAACAAGAGCAGCAUCCAAAAUGACAUAACAUUUCCAUUAAUUUUAUUGGUUCUCCCUUCUCAGAGCACUGCUCAGUCCAUUGGCGAUAUAAAGGAGGAUUUGGACAUUUGCCCGGUUCCCCUUCAAACUAUUGACUGUUUGGACUUACAUGUUGACUUGCUAAAGAGAGUGGAUCGAGAGGUGCUGCCAGAAGUCCUAGAUGUCAAAGAGGUCCAUAGUGAGCAGAACACCUGUCCUUUGAUAAAGGAGAUCUCAGAUGAUCAGCUCACUCCCAAACCACUGAUCAUCUGUGAGAAUGAGCCAACCCCAUUACCAUCAGACCAAACAGAAUCUCUAACAGUGGAGGAAGGUCAGUGCUCAGCAACCCACAAGCAAGAGGAAGAAACCACACAGAAAAAGACAAAUCUGUGUGAGAUAUGCGCCAUGUUUUUCCGGACGGUGCCAGGAUUAAAGAGACACAAGGCUAUGAAACAUUUGAUCAGGACUGAAAGCAGCCCAUAUUUGGAAAAUGCAAAUCAUCAAGGGAGUCUACACAGUUACCAAACAUCCCAGUCUAUAGAAACAGGAAAUAAAGAUGAUCUAGAGCUCCUGGUUCCACAGACCUGUUUGCAAACAGAAAGCAAUGAGGUUUCUGAGAAUCACUGUCCCGAGACAAGUAACAGCUCCUUCAUAACCAAACAAGGAGAAACAGAUGUAAUCCUGGAGGACAACACGGGUGAAACAAAUAUGGCAAUGGCAGUUGAUGACAAAGUUCAGCAAAUGCCUCCUCAGUUGACAAAAGCCAAGAAAAGCUACAAACCACAGAAGAACAAAAACAAUGAGGUGAACGAGAAAACAGACAUAGUACAGGCAAUUACUCCUGAAUUCCAAACCCAGCUAAAGCAAGAAUACUGCAAGUCACCUGAGAAACAAGACAUAAUCAAUUCUAGUGUUAAACACAAAGUUACAGAGCAACAGGAAGUCCCAUUUGCUGUAACAAGUAACAGUGGCAUUGAACAGAUACCCAUGUCUCCAAUAAAGGUUACAAAUCUGCUCACCCAAGAUAUGGACUUGAUUCAAAGCAACACUAAUACAGAAGAGGGGAAAGGCACAAAUUUGUCAGAGAUCGUCAAUGGCCUAGCAGAAGUUAGUAUGGAUGUUGGAAGCGAUUAUGGAGUAUCUGUAAGUGAGGAUAUUAGUAGGGAGUAUGAUACAUCUAGAGAGAAUUUGUAUGACACAAAAGAGGCAUGUGAGCAACAGACUUCAGACCAGAGUCUUUCCACAGAGAUACUGGGAGAGGUUGCAGUAAAGAUUGAAUGUGAGAAAAACAGUGGCCCAACAGAUGAGGUGGAGAAUCUCACCUGUUUUAAAUCUCCUGCAAGCCCUCCUGGACUAAUCCCUAAUUUGAAUGCUUUCCUUGAUGAUGAAAGCACAUUCUCACAGUUAUUUCCCUCUAGAAAUGUGGAGCUGAAAAGGAAAAAGUGUGCAAAGGUUUAUGGCAAGAAGAACAAGAAGCAGAAACUAUCACCCGAUUCAUCAUUAGUUCAAGACCAUCCUGACCUGUAUCUGGAAAAGAAAGAUGACUAUAGAGAAAAUCAGUUGGACCGAACGUUUGUCAACAAUCAAAAUGAACCUUGUAAAUAUGAAACGAUAUCCAUUGAUGAUGCUAUCAUGUUGAACAUGUGUCAUAAUAGGACUUUAAAGUGUGAUUCCAAGAAAGUAUGUAACAUGAAACCAGACACAACAGAUCACAAAGACAUUCAUGAGAAUACUGUGAAGCCUGCCAGUGACUUCCUAUGCCCACCUGAGAGCACUAUCGACAAAGCAUCAUUGGCAUGGAGUGCCUCCAACGACCUUGUUACAGAUGCUGUGAUCUCCUCUGACCCAACAUCCUGUAAAGCAGAAGUACCAACCCCACAACGUCCUCUUCCUAUCAUAGCCUCUUCUGCACCUUAUCCCGAAGAGCCAUGUGCUACAGAAAACGUGUCUUCUUUCCACAGCAUUGACAUCCCAAACCUCAAUACCACAUUCCAGCUACCCGAAAUUCAAUUAUUUGACUCCAACAAGGACAUCCCAUUAGCUGGGCCCAUUGGCACUGAUGAUGCACAGACGAGAGACACUGUAAAGCCCAAGAAGCUCACAGAGCGCAGAGGAAGAAAACGACAAGAGGGCGGCUUAAAGAUCAAGGAAAAACAUUACAAGUGCAAGGUGUGCUUCACCUGGUUCCUAACCCUGGGGGAGCUCAACUUCCACAAGCUAUCCCACAACCCCUCUCCACCUCCCACCUGCUACAUGUGCGUCCAGCGCAAGUUCAGCUCCCGGGAGCAGCUGAGGGACCACCUGAGGGAGAAACACGCCAAGAACAAGGCCGGCUUCUGGACCUGUGGUAUGUGCCUGAAGGAGAUAUCGGACGUGUGGAUGUACAAUGAGCACUUACGGGAACAUGCCACGCAGUUUGCCCGCAAGGGCCAGUCACACAGUGCUAUCCUGGGGAGUCUGCCGGGCUCUGGCAUGCAGGAGUCAGCCGUGAAGAACUUCAUCACUUCCAUCAUGCAACGCCGCCCUAGCAAGGCCAGCAGAGAGUCCAAUAAGGUCUCCAACAAGGAGAAACCAGCCACAGUAGAAACCACUGGGCAGGAGGUGAAAACUACAGAGGUAGCUCAGCCCAAAGUUGGCAAGCCUAAAGGGAACAUUGAAAAAGUGGGGAAAUCUAGCAUGCUGAUGCCAGUUGAGGUUCUGCACAAAACAGAGAUGGCGCCAAAGAAUGUGGAGAUGCACCCCAACUGUAAAGACCCCUCGAGAGACUGCCACCACUGUGGCAAGCAGUUCCCCAAACCCUUCAAGCUUCAGAGACAUCUGGUUGUGCACAACUUAAAUAAAAUGUUCCUGUGCCACAAAUGCCCAGUGACCUACCAAGAGCCACAGGAACUAAAAGAACAUCUGAAAAGUGAGCAUGAAGAGAUGGAUGAGCUUGACUCAAAGCAUACAACCCUCUACACCUGUGAGCUGUGUGCAGAUGUCAUGCAUGUGAUCAAGAAAUCUUUCAUCUGCAGCACCUGCAACUACACCUUCUCUAAGAAAGAGCAGUUUGACCGACACAUGGAAAAGCACUUGUCAGGAGGGAAUAAGAUCUUCAAGUUCAGAGGAGUUCUCAGACCUAUCAAAACAUCUGCCUCCAAAGAGAACGAUGAAUGUGAAUUGCCAGCAAGCAAAAAGAGAAAGAUUCUCACUGACAGUCUACAAGAGAACAGCUCUGACAGUGGCAUCGCCAGCAUAGCCUCACUGCACUUAAAUCGGAGUGCUGAGAUGCCAGUUCUGAAACCCUCUGUACACACAACAGAGGGCUCUACACAGACCAGUGCAGGUGAAUAUCACAAUGAAAAUGAUGCCAGUGUGAAGACUGAGGAAAUGGCUGAGGACUACUCUGACAUGCUGGUAGAGCUGGAGCAUUGUACGUUUCACCUGGGCUCUGAAGGUCUCUCCACUGCUACACCCAAAACAGAGGACAUUGUUCCCAGUCCUUCGUCAAAGCUGCCUGUUAGAGACAUUGGUGAGGCAGAUGGCAAAUCAUUCACAGAUCCAUGUGAUGUGAAGGAAGAGGACAAUCCACUUGAGAGCAUUACACCUGAAGGGAAGAGGGAGUGUUUCGCAGAUGAUAAACAGAGCACUCCGGAGAGCAGCACACAGACUAGCACUGCAGAAGCUGAAGGGAAAAAGAUACAGAGGAGAGAUGCCUCAGCAUCGGAUGAGGAGCUGUAUGUUAGCUCAAAGACACCCUAUUCACAUGACCUCCACCAUCCUCCUACAAAGCAUAAGGCAUCUACCAUUGUGAUGUACCAACUGAGGGAGGAUGAGCAAGGGCAACAGUCAACCAGCACUCACAGCCAUGACAACAAGCAAAAGGACAAAGCCUCCACACCCAAGCCCAGUGAAAGCGUUAAUAAACACAGCUCCAACAACAGCCCCAGGGCCAUGGAGUCAACACCAGUCCACCACACCAAGCUCACUUUCCAGUGCUUGGCCUCCAGCGAGGACAAAGACUCUGUGAGAAAAGAACAGAAGAAGAGAAAGGAGAUGAGGUCACCUCACAGUUUACAGAGGGUCUCCUCUCCUGCCACACGGGAGAACCUAGGUGUCAACGUCAAGGCCAGAAAUAAGUUCCGACCUAGCAAGUGCGAGAGUCCGGCGGUUCACAGGAAAUCAGACGGCCCCAGCGACUACCCGGUGCUCUCUUCCGUUAGAGAUGAUGUGGUCAGCAACAAAAUAGUCUCUAAGCACAAAACAUCAGGGAGUUUAGGCCUUCAACCAAAGAGAAGCUUCCUCGAUAACUGCACGACAAAGAAAGCAGAGAUCGUGCAUCAUCUUAAUGGGGACUACAAACCCAAAAAGGGGACUCUUGGACGGGCUCUUCAUUCCCCAGUUUCUAAAGUGUCAGCGCCUCCUAUGAACAAUUCCUUGAAUAAGUCUAGGCCAAGGACAGGGGUGAGGUCCAUGGAGAGCCACUCCUAUAGGACAGCAGAGUCUCAGAACAACCUUCUGAGCCAGCUGUUUGGCCAAAAGCUCACCAGCUUUAAGAUUCCUUUGAGGAAGGACACUUCAGAACCAAUAAACUGAGUGGGGGGGGGGUGUAGGGAAAAAAACUAAAAGACUGAAAAGACAUUUCAUGACCAUGAAUGAGAUUGCAUGGAUCUCUGUGAAAUGUUUGUCUAAAUACUUAUGUUGUCACUUUAUGUCUUCUUCUCUUGUAAAUGUGUUGUUAUAACACAAAUGUGAGGACUAAUGGCAGAGAUGAUUUUAUGAAUCUAGAAUGAAAAUGCUAGUAGGGUAAAUCAUUGACUAAUCCCUGCUAUUCUUAUGUUGAACAUUAUCUUUUUCAGAGAUUAUAUUUCAUUAGAAAAAUGAAAGAAAAAAAUUAUACUUGAAAAUAAAACCUUACUUUUAAUAAUAUUUCAAAAAUAAUGCAUGAAAGUUUCACAAUCACAAAGUGUUCAUGGAGGAUAUUGUUUUUUUUUAUGCAACAGGACCAAAUUUCAUCCCAACUGAUUUAAACUAUGUCAGUGCACCUUUUGUGUAUGCUUCUCAAAAAAUUACUCCUUUUGUAUUAUUUUUACCUUACUGUCCUGCAUUGACAUUCAUUGUAUUAGCCUUUGUAUAAAUAUUAACUGGUGCUAUGUUAUUUGUUAUUGUAAUGUGAACGCCAAUGUCCUCUAUCUGAAGGGAACAUGAUAUCUGUAGCCAACUGUUUGUGCUGAUUCUCUGUAGUUUCUUUUAAAAGAAUGGUAAAACGACUGUGUAAAACCUCCUCCAACAAAGUAUUCAUCUGUAGGUCUUUAGGAAAGGAAAUUAGGAAAGCUUCCAUCUGUACGAACUCAGGUGCAUCCAAGGACUAUUCACAGUCCUGAGACCUGUUUUAGGAGCUCCUCCCAUGCACUGAUACUACCACACACAAAACACACACUCAGUCCUCCGUGUCUGUCCUCCAACUGUUUAAUUAAGAAUAUUAUUUACUAGCACAAAAAAGGUGCUUUAUCUUGUUUAUAUGUAUCUUAUAUAGUAUGUUGUUGUAGGUAGAUGAUUUUCUGGUGCAAUGCUCAAUGUUAAAGUUUUAUUUUAAUAAUGUGCAACAGAAUCAAAGUGGGAGAGAAAGAGAGAAAAGAAAUGGAAAUACAAUGCCUCUUGUAUUGUAAAGUGGUUCACUUAGUGCCUCUUUUAAAGUGGUUAUUAAAAAUCUGCAUUGGU